AUUUUGUUCCACAAAAAUUAUUCGGCCAGUGGUAACAAAACAUUGAUCAAUUAGAGCUUUAAUCCGCCAUUUGAUGUGUAAAAAUAUGUUCCAUUGAGAUAAUACAUGUCUCCCACGUAGAAUAACGUUUGUUCGGCCUUCUUACGAUGUAGGCCUGUUUCUUUAGGGAGUGGACCGGAGCUGUUGGAACUCCAUCUCCCAUCAGCGUCCGCGGUGUCAGGUGGUACGACUUUCCUUUUUUCAUGAAAUCUGUAGUUUUCUGAUCACGCCACAAUGUUAUUUUGCGAAACUUAAAAAGAAUAUUUAUGAAUGAACUCGCGAAGAGCCUAAGUUGCGUUAAGAAGCUAACAAUUUAAAGUGAAAGGACAUGGUUUUCAAUUUCUCAGUGUUACACUGUGCGCAUCCAGUGAUGCUCCACAGAGGGAAUAGUAUCUGUCUCAAUUGAGAGGAGGACAAUUAAGAUAAUUGAACCCGGAGCCUCGUCAGGCAGAGAGGCCAUGGCUGCGUCACCGGUGCAAGGUGACGGGAAACGAUCUCGAGAGGGUCACCCAUCAUCACCAGAGUCUUCUUUGACGUGGUGCCUGGCUCACCUGUCUAAACCUGGACCAGGGGCUGAACCUCAGGGGCAUGGCAAGGCGGACUCAGGCGGAGGCAAAGAGGGGGACAAGAGGUCCAGGGUCUCUCAGUGGCGAGCCCUGGUCGCUAUCCGGACGCAGCAUAUCAAGGGGGACAAGGCUGGCAUUGCCCGAUUCAGAACCCAAGGGGGUCUCCGGCCCCUGUUGGACCUGCUCAAAAACCCCGAGUGCUCCAGGAAAACCCUGGACCUGGCUCUGAGCAUCCUAGCAAACUGCUGCACUGAGCUGCAGACACGCAUCCAGGUCCGUAAGCUUAAUGGAAUAAAUAUCGUAGUGGAGAUCCUGAAGAAAAAUAUGACCCUGGAGACCGUCCAGAACCGAGCAGCCCGGGCUUUGGGAAACUUGGCCAUGGAUCCAGAGAGCUCUGCUCUCAUCCACUCGGCUGGUGGUGUUCCUCUUCUUCUCCUGUGUGUUUCUCUUUCUCCCGGCCCGUCCUCGCCCACUGCUGCCCCGCCCAAAGAGCCCUGUCCUAAACUGGAGUGCGCUCAGUCGGCCGCUCGGGCUCUGCUCUACCUCUCGGAUACGCACUCUAACCGCCUAUCGCUGCUCACCCAGGGGACCUUAACGGCUCUGGCCCCGCUCAUCGCUCCAGAAUACCCCGUGGGGCUGAGGCGGGCGGUGCUCAGGACCAUCCACGAGCUGACCCGCGGCUGUGGGGUUGAAUGUGCCAGGGAGGUGUCCCGUUCUGGAGUCCUCGCUCAGCUCGGUGUCAUGGCGUCGGGGCAGUGUGAUGAAUCUUUUGAGGAGCUCGCACUGAAAACGCUGGCCAACAUGUGCUCCCAGGGGUGCCUUCGCCCCUUCGUGGGGUCACUGGGGGUCAUUCAGAAGUUCACUGAGGAGGUCAAGAGGGAGCCCCUGAAGUCUGGAGUCUUCCUCAAGGCGCUGUGCUUGUGCUGCAAGGAGGCGGUCAACCGCGCCAAGGUGAAGGAGAGCAGUGGAUUGGAGGUGCUGAUUGGCUUCCUGGCUGCCCAUCAGAGUCAUCCCCUUUCCAGACUCACCAUCCUGGCCUGUGUCGACUUUGUGUUUGAUGAAUCUGCCAUGGACCAGCUGCAAGAGUUAGGGCUGGUCCCUCUGCUUGUGGCACGACUGGUGGAGCUCACCCGAGGCGAGGAACAAUCUGCCGAGAAGAUGGACGUGAGCCUCUCCUCCAGCAUGUCUCCCACCGAGCUCCUGCCCUCAUCAUGUUUCGACUCCUUUGACUUCCCCCCCGAGGGCUGCAAGAAGGAGGAAGCGGGAAAGGAGCAAGGUUCAUCCAGCUUUUUAAGUCUCAGGUCCUGGUUGGUGUCUGAGGGAUUGAUCUCUUCAGAGGAGGAGCUGCUGGAUUCCUCUGGUGUCGAAGGAGAAUGGGGGAGUCUUCAGAUCCCACCGUCUUCAUCCCCUCAAACCUCCUCUCCAAACCCCGAUUCCCUUUCGUCUCUUAAAAACUCUUCUCCAUCCAACCCUACGGCCUCUUCUUCUAAAAAGGCUGCUCAGCCUUCCCCUGUGUCCUUUUCGGUCCAGCCCCGACUCUCCUCCUCAUAUAAAAUCACUGAUCCGCCUCCAUCUAGUCCUCCACCUUGCACUGUGCUCACACCGCAAACCCAGCCCGGCUCUUCCACUCUCUCCUCUCCCAUUAAAACCCCCCAAACACCCGUCUCUCCCUCAAAGUUCUCAUCCCCUCACCGAAGGAGGCAGCAGCGUCCUCAUGCGGCAGCCUGUUUGACCAAAGUCACUCUUGAUACCCCUCCGUCAGUGCCCCGCCAGAUGCCUUACAGCCACCCCUACCACCCUGAGCCCUGGACGCCCGAGUCGCCCAUCCUGCUGCUGCUGUCGCGCUUCUCUCACGCCACCGACCCGAGCGCCGCUCUGAUCAGCGCCGGCGUCAUGUCCGGCUUGCUCUACUACCUCACCCAGCACCAGGACCCCAGCAGCAGGUGCUUCCGGAUGCUUUGCAGGCUGAGCUGCAACCCCAACUGUUUGCAGGCGCUGGUCCGAACCGGCUCGGUCGCGCUGAUCCGCCACCAUCUCUGCCAGAGAGGGGGAGGAUUUCAGGGAGAGGAGAGGCAGACGGACCGAGUGAAAGCCAAAGUUAAACAGCUUGGUUUCGCUCUUCUUAAUAAUCUGCGUGUCCAGUGCGAGUCUGGAUUUGGCUCCGGGGUUGUUGCCCACGUGAUGCUGUCCGGCUCCGAGUCCGACAAGAUCAACUGUGCGUUGUCUCUGCCAUUAAUCAGCAGCAACAAGUCCUUGUUGAAGAAACUUCUUCUGGACAGCGGGGGGCUGCUCUUGGCUCUGCAGCUUCUUGGUGCCGAUGAUGUGGAUGAAUACCACCCCGCUGAAGGUGGGAAGUUUCUUUCUGAUUGGUUUCAUUCUUCGCAUUCAGGCCUGACUUCUCAGCUCCACCUGCUGUUCUCCUCUCUCCUGAUUGAAUGCCUGUCCACGCUGGCUGUUGGCAUCAAAAUGGAGCUGGACAAAAAACAUCCAAGUCCAGUCAUAACGCAGUCAGUCAGUAAAAUUGACAAGAUGUCACCCCCUCCCUCGAAAAGGCCUCGUCUGGUCGACACCUGUCCCUACGGCGUCUCGACCUUUGACCUCCUCUUGUUGCUGGACGAUGGGAUUCAGGUCCGAGCCAACAGGGAGGCAGUAGCCGGGGAGGAGGGGUCGGACGGGGUCGGCUCUCAAUACUUCUGGGCUCUGUUGAGAGGCGGAUUUGGAGAAGCUCAGGGCAAAGUGGAAGAAGCCAUCCGCAUCAAAGAUGUCAGCGCAGGUAUGCUGCUGCCAGUGCUGCACUACCUGCAUGGAUGCCGCCUCACCGAGGACACAGGGACGACCAGGGAAGGCGAAGAAGCAGAGCGGAGAGGUCAGUGUCCGAUCCUGGACAAAUUAAUCCUUGAAGGACUUGGGUUCUGCCAAAGAGGGCGAGGGGAUUGCUCAAGAGAAGACUUUGAUUUCCAGAAAACUGCUUUAGGCGAGAUGAUGAUUGGAGCGUGCCGGUUUUUGGUACCUGAGUUGCAGAGAGAGUUGGAGGGUCUCUGCGUGUCUCUACUCCUGUCCUGCUCCACCCGCCCUGCUAGCCGAGCUGCAUCAGCUCCCACACUGGACAAAGCCGAGAAGGCCGUGUCUAAAAUGGACCAUGAAUGCACCGAGUCUGCUGAGGAGAACCUGGCGACUCGAACAUCCGAGUUAGAGUUGACUGGUUUUGAGGCGCAAACUGAAAAUCCACCGGGACAGACAAAGAAACCAAAUAGUUCCCAGCACCAGACACUCGGAAACAAAACCUCUGGAACGGUUCAGGCGGCCAGCGGAGGACUCGAUACAACUUCGGAUCAUAAGACAAUCAAAAGGGCCACUCCAGUUUCCAGAUCAGUGGUGGACAAACCACUUGCUCCAGGGGAGUUGAGGUCAAGACCAAAGAACUUGAAAAGUUCAGCACAGCGUCUGAAAUCAGCAGCUCAGGACUCCCUUUCUUCCUCAGGAGGAGGUGGAGGAGGUGGAGGAGGUGGGCCCCUGGCCGCUCUCCUCCCCCAGAUGUACUGGUUUUCCCAGCGGUACAGCUACCCAGCACUGGGUCGGGCCUGCGUGUCUCUGCUGCUGGGUUGUCAGGACUGCCCUCGGCCCUUCGUGUCCUCCUCCCUUGCCGGGGUUUGUCUCCGCAGACUUGCCAGAGAGGCCGACUGUACGGAGACCCUGAAACGGGAUCUACUAAGUCUGGCCACAGCAGCUCUGAGCUGAACGAGGAGGGGAAUAUUGAGAAAAGUUGUUGGGUUGUGUGGCAUGAAAGUGAAGUGAGAGUCGACUGUGGGGCUUAUUAUCAGCUUGACACUGUAGUCGUUUUCAUUUAGUAUCUGGAAGGUGCAGGUUGCAACAACAUUAUGAUGACCUAAAAAACCUGUAUGAAUUUCUUGAGCGAUAACAGAACUGCCUGUUGAUUUAUUUUCAUAAGCUGGAAGCAUAGUUUCAAUUGAGUUUUGAUGUAAACUGUAGCCCGUCCCGGCAUGACAUAAUUGUAUUAUAAUUUACUAAUGACAGUUGCAUUGUAAUUAUUAUUUUUUUGCGUGGAAAAAGUCUUAAGAUGGAUUUGAUGAGUGUCAUUUAGCUGGAAGUACUGGAAUUAUCAGGGUUGGUCUAGUAGCCAGUUGUUUAUUUUGUACAUAGAGAUAUUAUGGAUUAGCAGAUAUACAAUGUAAGGAUUCCAACUGUCUCAUGAAUUUAUGCCACUGAAUAUAUUGUUGGAACAUCA